UUGAAAUCUUACAUUUUCAUCAGUUUGAUCAAAUGCAUAAGAACCUUAGAGCACGCCUGGGGUGCACAUAAGCUAUUAGGUUGGUGCCCAGAAGAAAUUUACUUUUGUGUAAUCUCGUGAUGUAUUGUUUGAUGUUUGCUGCAUUCAUGAAUAUUGAUGUGAUAAUUAUCUUAUGAGAAUGCAAUGAUUUCAACAAUACCAUAUGAACGUCUGAUUGUCUUGAUCAAAUGAUUAUACCUGUGUUGAUUUUAACAAUUAAGACUCCCACUAAAGACUCGUUAAAAUUUCCUGCAGGUACAAUUGGUGUUUUCUUUCAUUCUACAGCUGAAAACAUUAGGAACCAAUUAUCGGUUCUAGAUUAUGAGGGUUUCUACGCUUACAACUCAGGACUAAGCCUAGCUACCAUCGAGCCUCUGAAUGGAACUAACUAUAAGAAGUGGAGAUCGGACAUAGAGAUCUACCUAGGGCUGACUGGAAUUGACUUUUGCCUUACUGAUGCUGCACCAGUGCUUACUGAUGUAAGCAGUGAUUUGGAUAGAGCUAAGUUUAAUGAAUGGGCGAGAGCAAAUAGAAUGUCACUGCUGAUCAUGAAGAGAUUGAUGACUGAUAUUGUCAAGGGUAGCAUAGCUGACCAGCCAACUGCAAGGGAGUUUCUGGACUCCAUUGCUGAGAAAUUUACUCAAAAUGCCAAAGCUGAAACUGCUGUUUUGCUCGACUCCCUGACCACCAUGAAAUAUAAUGGGACUGUAGGAAUGAGAGAACAUAUUAUGAAGUUGAUUGACACCACCUCAAAGCUCAAAGACUUGGACAUGCCUUUAGAUGACCAGUUCAUUGUGCAUCAGGCCCUGAACUCGUUGCCCUCUCAGUUUAACCAGCUGAAAACCACUUACAAUGCUCAAAAGGAUAAGUGGAAUCUGAACGAGCUUAUUGCAGUCUGUGUUCAAGAAGAAGACAGGAUGAAGAGGGAUAAGGCUGUAACUGUGAACCUAGUGAACAAGCCUCAGUGGCAGAAGUAUAAGGGAAAGGGAAAAGCUGUCAGUGUGAGUGACUCUAGCAAACCGUCAACUUCUGGAGUGAAAAAGCCUUUUGUUCACCCAAAAACCAAGAGGACCAGUAGCACCAAAUGUUUCUUUUGUAAGAAAGAGGGUCAUCUGAAGAGGGAGUGCCAUUCUUUCAAGAAAUGGAUGGCAAAGAAAGGGUUUUCUAAGGAAGAGAAUCCCAAAAAGGAGUGAGGACAAUGUCUGCGCAGGGAAUGGCAUGAAGGUGGCUGUCAGAGCUAUAGGCACGCUCAGAUUAGUCUUAGAUAGUGGUAGUUUUCUGGAUUUAGAAGAAGUUUAUUACAUUCCUUCAAUUCGAAGGAACUUAGUUUCUUUUUCCCUUCUUGUAAAAGCUGGUUACAGCUUUACUGCUGAUUUGGCUAGUGGAAUAAAAAUCCUUCGUGCUUCUACUUA